UUUAACAUUUCUCAGAGAUGCAAGGGUAAUUCAGUCAAUUAGUUCUUCGAGCACUCUCCAUCUGCUCUGGAAUCACUCCCGAGAGAGAGAGAGUGGAAGCGCGGCAUUGGCUGUAUGAAGUUUCGUUUCCUCGGAAAUCAACUUUCGCCCUAGCUUUGGAGAGAGAGAGAGAGAGAGAGAGAGAGAGAGAGAGAGAGUCUUGUCGUAGAAGAAUGGAGAGCAGUAAUGGUAAAGUAAUGGUUAUGAAAGAGAGAAAGAGAAUAGAGAUGCCAUUUACUUUGAAGGUGGGUCAAGUGUUUACGGGGUUUGGAAUCGGCUGUGGUCUUGGUAUCGGCGUUGGCCGCCCUUUAAAUUUAGGUGCAAUACCUGUGUUGAACCAAGUCAUGGGUGCAACCAGAGGUGCAACAGAUGUAUUUUCUGGUGUUGGUAGACAUGUUAACGACUCUUUAAGGAAGCUGGGAGCAAAGAACAUUGAAGUGGGCAUUGGCUGUGGAGUUGGUUUUGGGCAUGGUUUUGGAGUUGGUCUUGCCGUGAAGCCUGGGGUGGUGAAGCAGAUCCAAUCUUCUCUUGUACAAGCAGUGACAAAGAUGAUGAUGAAGUUUGGAAUCGCUCCUAAUUUAUCCCUUGAUCAAGGCCUCAUUCCAGCGUCUCUGCAAAGUAGCAUAAUGCCCUCCAAUCAAAAUCCUGUGGGAAGUAUCAUGCAGUUGGCAACACAAGCACCCGACCACACAUCUCAAAGCUUCCCCACAGGUGGAAACUUGAGUGCAGGUUCUUUUGAAACUUUUGCAUCAAAAAAGCCUCCACUAAAGUCAUCAUAUGGUAGUCGGACGGAGGAGGUUAUUGGUAGUUUUCUGCGGAAUCCGCUACUCAAAGAUGAGGGCAGCGAACUUAAUGAGCUGGAUGGGCAUCUGCGGUCAGAAAACAGCGUGCUUCAGAUGUUGUUGAAACACCAGCAAGUGAUCGAGGAUCUUAUGAAGGAAAACGAGAAGCUUCGACGGAUAUUGGUUGAAGACCUUAAUAUUCCUCCCAGCAAACUACAAGCCAGCUAUUCAAGCAGGACAUCUCCGUGCGCUGAUUGUUUUGAGUGCCGUCGAAAACAAAGAAGAAAGUAAUCUGAAGCAAAAUAGUACCCAAACAUUCGCACCAUUGGGUACUUAACUUCAAUAUUCUCCCUUGUGCUCUCUUUUAAUCGGGUUUUGGAUUGUUUUUCUUCAAUCUCACUUAGAAGAAUCAUUCUUUGGGAAACCAUACUAGAGUGAGUUAGAGUACUGAUUGAGAGAUGCUAAAACAGGUCCAUGAGGUAGCUAAAUACUAAGUUUUACAGCUAAUUUUCCUUUGCUUUC